ACAAGUGCAGCAUGCAGAUCUCAGAAUUUUGCCUCCUGGUUUGCCUGACUGCUGUGAUGUCUUCAGCCCAGUAUGGAGUGCGGGGAGCCAAACUUCAACUGAAGUCAAAUGAACCGAUAUAUGAAGGAGACGAGGUCAGCCUGCACUGUCAGCUCGAUGGAAAUCCUGUUGGGUGGACAUAUGAGAUCUACAAAGGGGCAUCAACACACUCAUACUACCUUUAUAAAGUACAAACAGAGAGCACCUUCACCUUCAGCCCUGUGACUCAUUCACAACGUGGGUAUUACAGGUGUCGAGCUGAAAAAGGAGGAGUUUACUCAACAUACAGUGAAUAUGUGUGGUUAGAAGUAUCAGUGCGGGGAGCCAAACUUCAGCUGAAGUCAAAUAAACCGAUAUAUGAAGGAGACGAGGUCAGCCUGCACUGUCAGCUCGAUGGAAAUCCUGUUGGGUGGACAUAUGAGAUCUACAAAGGGGCAUCAACACACUCAUACUACCUUUAUAAAGUACAAACAGAGAACACCUUAACCUUCAGCCCUGUGACUCAAUCACAACGUGGGUAUUACAGGUGUCGAGCUGAAAAACGAGGAGUUUACUCAACAUACAGUAAUGAUGUGUGGUUUGAAGUAUCAGUUCUCCCAAAGCUCCCUAAGAAGCCCAUCCUGAUAGUCCUGCCCAGUGCCACAGUGUGGGAAGGGGACACUGUGACUCUGAGGUGUCUGUCUAAGAGCGAAGUGACAGGGACACAACUGACAUACAGAUUCUACAGAGAUGAGACACCUUUGAGUCAAGAAACUACACAGAAUAAGUUCAGAGUCCAGUCAGCUCAACUGAAUGAAACUGGAAAAUAUUGGUGUGAGGUGAAGGAACAAAGGAAGGAGACUGAGAAGAAACAAAGUGACAGCAAGCAGUUGACUGUAAUAGAGCGCUUUAGUAAACCCACUCUGAGUGUCCUGCCCAGUGCCACAGUGUGGGAAGGGGACACUGUGACUCUGAGGUGUCUGUCUAAGAGCAAAGUGACAUGGAUACAACUGACAUAUAAAUUCUACGAAGAUGAGAUACCUUUGAGUGAAGACACUCAACAGAAUGAGUUCACAAUCGAGUCAGCUCACCAGAACCAAACUGGAAAAUAUUGGUGUGAGGUGAAGGAAGAAGGGAAGGAGACUGUGAAGAAACAAAGUGACAGAGUGCAGUUGACUGUAAAAGAGCGCUUUAGUAAACCCACUCUGAGUGUCCUGCCCAGUGCCACAGUGUGGGAAGGGGACACUGUGACCCUGAGGUGUCUGUCUAAGAGUGAAGUGACAGGGAUACAACUGACAUAUAAAUUCUACGAAGAUGAGACACCUUUGAGUGAAGAAACUCAACAGAAUGAGUUCACAGUCGAGUCAGCUCACCAGAACCAAACUGGAAAAUAUUGGUGUGACGUGAAGGAAAAAUGGAAGGAGACUGUGAAGAAACAAAGUGACAGAGUGCAGUUGACUGUAAUAGCUAUGUAUGUGACUUUGUCAGCUUCUCCUGGCACUUCUGUGAAGGUGGGAGACUCCAUUAACUUGACCUGCACAUGGGAAGGGAAAAUGAGCUCAACACUCAUCUUCAACUUCCUAAGAAACAACGAGACUGUGAAGAGCAGCAGUGACUCUGCAGUGUUUAGCAUCAAUCAGACUGAUAAAAACCACACUGGGAGCUACAUGUGUGCUGUAGAAUCUUCAGGAAGAAGACAAACUUACAGCAAUGAGAUUGAGAUUGAAUUGCAAGCUUUUCCUGGUGCUGGCAAACAAGAGUCCACUCUUACAAUUGUUCAUCUCAGCGUUGGACUCGGUCUGGUUUUUCUAAUACUUGUGCUGCUGCUGCUGAUGUUUGCAUACCACAGGACUCGAGGUUUACCAAGCAUUAGAAGUUCAAAGACUGGAAGAAAAGAGAAAGGAGAGGAUGUGAUAACCUCCAGUGGAGGAGCUAACCAAAUGGAUCCAUUGAAUAAGGAAGAGGAAAACCCAGACAUGCUGUACUCUGAGUUGGUGGAUCCUCCUAAGGGCAGAAACAAAGGUGAUUCUGCCUUAGAGUUCAACGUUGAUGUUGUUUAUUCAAAUCUUGUAAAAGGGAAAUUAAUGAAGAAGCGAGAGAAAAUGCCUGAAGAGUCCACAGGAGUCCUGUACUCUGAUAUCAAAUUGAAGAAUUCCACAGGUGCCUCCGUGGAAGCUGAUCCAAGUUCUCUUUAUGCUUCCGUUCCCUCAAGAAAAGACAAGAAGUAACACAUUGUGGUUUGUGGUGUCGCAUCUGCGAAGAAAGCCGCAGUGACCUCAGAUGUCUUCAGCUGACACACCUCUGCUUGUCUUCUAUUUCUGGUAAUCCAAGCUGGUCUGUUGCUAUCUGUAUGAAGGUCUGGUUUUGUGGUGUUGCUAUCAUGGUGUAUUCAAGCAUUCAAUAUGGAAAAAGGAAUAAUGCAAAGAACACUGGAUGAGCACAGACCUGUUCAAAGGAACACAAGUGAUUACGUCUUGAAACUGAUGCGCUACUCUAAUCCACACACCUUCUAUUGAAGAUCUCUGCCUAUGCAAAGCUAAAUAUAGUAAAUCAUCCUGGUGCAGCUAUCCAGGUCUUCAUUGUCCUUUUCUUAUUAUAUACUGUGGCUAGCUUGAAAAUUAAAUUCUAUUUUCCCGAUAAUAUUCUCCUCCUCCUUAAGAAAUGACUUACCAAAGCAAGCUAUGAACAUUCUGAUUUCAAACUUCUCCACAAAUUUGACUUUUUUACUGUGAUAUAGUUAGAAGGCACACAGAUAGCCUGUUUAGUAUCUGGUGGGUUGCACAAAUUCAAAAAGCAAGCUUUUCUUCCAAAGUCUAGGCCUCUAGGCUAUCCAAGGCUUCCUUACUAAAAAAUAAGCCUUACUCCAAUCUCAAGAAAAAGGCUUUUGGCCUACACAAAAUCUUAAAAUAAUUUUCAAAAACAGUAAAUAGGAUAGGGGAAAGAGAACAAAAAACCCUUUAUCUCCUAAGGGUUUUUUGGCAUUAUUGCUCCUAAAUUACAUAUCCAAACAUUAAUGGCUAUUAUUGUGCUCACGUAACAAAGGAGCUGAGAAUGGCUGAAGAGUAGUGAGUAUAACUCUCCAAAUUUUUAAAAGAAAGUCCUGAUAUGAAGUCCUCUUUAAUAGCCUCUCCAAGAUUGCUCCUCUUACUGUAUCUUUAAAUCUCAACUGAAAACAUUCCUCUUCUAUGAACUUUUGUCUUCUGUAUGUAAAGCGACCU